AGCCGCAAAGCUCAACAAUUUCAGCUCCCUAAUUUAUAAACUACAAAAUUUCCAUUUUUCUGCUUUCCUAUAUAAAAGAAAACCCCUCCAAACUAACUAAUUUACGAGUUUUCAAAGCCUGAAACACAUAUACAUUAUAUACCAUCUUCAUCAGAAAAUCAUUUCUUCAUAACUUUAGACCGAAAACUAUGGCUUCAAGGGCAAUCAACUACUGGAGAUCAAUGGUGGCUCGGAUGGCAAUGGCCAGAUCAUAUGCAACCUCCACUGCUCCUAGAAUGAAGCCUAUUGCACCAACUAUUGAUGCUUCCCAUCCUGAUCAUUCUAACUUCAAGGCUCUUCCAAUUAAGGGAGAGUUUGCACCAGUGAUGGUGGUGAUGGGAAUGGUAGUGGUUGCAAUGGCCAUCGGGACUCACACAGCGAAGCAGCAGCUCAUGCAUUCCCCUACUGUUUACAUAAACAAGAAGAAAAGAGAGACCAUGCCAGAGGUGUCUGAUCCUGAUGGUGUACUUAGAUCUGCAGACAAGUUUGUGAACAAAUCUUUCUUCAGAAAAGUUGCUCACAUCCAGGAAAACAAAAACACCCUUCCCGAUCCAACCCGCCCGAACCCUUUUACAACGUAUACAGGCCUAGAGAUGUGGAGAGCCUUAAAUCUGCUGGAGUUAACCCAAGACACCAUUGAAUGGACAACUUCAUAAGUAUCUGAUUUUUGUGUCUCUCAAAUGCCCAAAUCUAUUAUAUGUAUGGUGCAAAUCACAUUACUUGUAUAUAGAGUUUAAUUUAUUAGAUUUAGUCCUUUUUGUUCUGUUCAUAUAAGGUAUUUUGUUUUAUUAUGUGAAAAUAGAGCCCUCUACCACUCUUUCUUCAUCAAGGAGUAAAACAAAGAAGAGGCUCCAUUUCAAUCUUCUUUCUUUUUAUUUAUUUUAUUUGUGUAUAGUUAAUAAGACAGAGACACAAUUGCUUUUCUAA